GGCCACAUUCGAAACUGAAAGAGCUGGAAAUCAGAUGCUAUAGAGGUAUGCUAGCUCCCAGUUGGCUAUGUACACAGAAGUUGCCUUGCUUGGUUAAACUCGCUAUUCAACAUUGCCCCAAUCUUUUGAAUUUAUCUUGCCUCCCACCUUCCCUUGGAGUGUUAGAGUUGGUAAAUGUGGGCUUGCGCUCACUUCCCAUACUGUGGGAUGAAGGUUCAACCGACAAGUGCAUAAGUGGACAGCAGUGCAACAAAGGCAUGAUGUCAUCCCUCUCUAUGUUAUCCAUUCGGCGGUGCCCAAAACUUGAAACUCUUGCACAGUUGUCACCUCACCACCUACCGGCUGUAAAAUCAAUAUGCAUUGAACAUUGUACGAAGCUAGUUUCUCUGCCAGUGGAAAGUUUUGGGGACUUUGUCUUUCUCGAGUUCUUGGAUAUAAUAGACUGCCCCAACCUUCCUCGCCCAGAGAAAAUGGUCUUACCAUCCUCUAUCAAAAGAUUGACUCUAGAUUCAUGUGGUUAUCUUGGCAAAUCACUUCCCGGCUGCCUACAGUACCUAAGUGAUCUCAUGUACUUAAACAUAUGCUGCUGUCCACACAUAGAAUCCCUCACUGGGCAAGUGUUCCAUCAUCUGAGAGCUCUCAAGUGCUUAUAUAUUAGCGAAUGUCCAAAGCUGAGGUCUUUAAGUGGAUUAGAGGCUCUCACGUCUUUGCAAGAGUUGACUAUUCUGAAGUGUCCUCAUCUCGCUGAAUCAGAGUCAUUCUCUGACACGGAAGAGCAGCAGAAGGAUAUGCUACUGCUUCAGCUGACCAUUGACAACACUGCCCUUCUUCAACUUCCGUCUCUGCGAAAUUUAUUUUCCUCUUCCUUAAAUCAUUCCUUAAAUCUUGCAAUCUGGGAAUCUUGUGAAUUUGUGAUGUUUGUUGGAGAGGAUGAGGAAUGGCCGCAAAUUCUCAAAACACUCCGGGUAUUAUCUUUUGAGAGUUGUGCCAAUCUCAAGUCGCUGCCAAGUUGGUUAUGUAGCCUGACCUCCCUAGAAAAGUUGAGGAUUUGUAAUUGUCCUCAUAUCAUCUUGCCGCAGAAGGCGAACUUGCCUACCUCUUUAAAAGACUUAUGCUUUGACGAUUGAUCUGUUGUUGAUGGAGCGAAGGGAAAAGCAUCGUUUCCUGAUGAAUUUCAGAAUGGGUACGUCUUACACCAUCAUUCAUGGAGGUGAAACUUCUUUGUCAAGGCGGGUUAUUUUCGACGAACGGAAUACAUCAAGGGUGACAAUUAGCAUAACGAAGGACUGGUGUUGGCUUUUCUUCAAAACAAAUUUGAGUAUAGAGUGUACGAGUCACUUUUGUUUUCUAUGCAGUUAUUUCUUUUGGCAUUCGAUGUGGAUCCUUGUAGGGUUUCUUUUAACAUUGCAGGUUCUCCAACUUACUCCAUGUGAUCAUGUGUAGUUUCUCCUUUAUUUUCAUUUGUAUUUAUUUAUUUAUUUUUUUUUUUGAGAGAGGUAGCUCACUAUCCGUUUCAUUCAUUCGGCAAAUGAAUUUGGCAUCAAGAAGUGAGGCAGCGCCUCGGAAAAAAAGAGUCCCAUUCCAAAGAAUCUUUCUCCAUUGGAAAAACAUUUAUUGAUUGAAACUUCCUUCAAUUCCACUUUGUCAAAGAUUUCUGGAAAGUGCGUCUUCAGCGAUGCUUUGCUGCACCACCUAUCCGACCAAAAUCUGAUUGAUCGUCCGUCUCCAAGAGAAAAACACGUACUGCUUUGGAAGAUAUCCCUUUAAUUUUCAUUUGUUAGUUAAUCGUGUAAGAAGAUAAUAUAAUGCAUUCGCUUGUUCUUCGGUAAUUGUCGUUCUUACCUGGUGAGCUGUAAUUUGAUGUCUGUCGUAUUGUUUACUGUUGUGGGAAAAAAGAAAAUUGCUUCCAGCAAGUUAAUCUUGCUCGUAUAAAAAUAUACAGGACAAUUUGUAUUAGUAAGGAAA